AUGUUUGCAGUAAAAGAAGAACAGUCAAAGCCAGGAUGUCAAUUUAAUCUGCUCAGAGAGAUAGCGAUUUUAGAGGCAGUGAAAGGUUCAACAGAUGAGGAUCAAAAGCGAUUUGCUGUUUUGCACUCUACAUGUAAUUUGGAAACUUCGAUGAUUUUUGUUAUGACUCUGUUUGGCGAGUCACUCUCUUCAUUGAAGCGGAAACGAGGAUCCUAUCAUAUAUUUAGCCUGAACACUGGCCUUUAUUGCUCCUUGGAGGCUCUUGAAUGUUUGAAAGCGCUGCAUAUUCUUGGAUACAUCCACCGUGAUGUGAAACCUAGCAAUUUCACUAUUGGACUUCGUCAGAACAAUCGACACCAUUCAAUCUACAUCAUAGACUUUAGUAUGUCAAAACGAAUGUUGUGCUCGGAUGGAACAAUUAUAAGCCCUCGAUCAAAUGUAAUUUUACAAUCCUUGAGUUUAAAGCUUAUUCAAUGUUUUUUAAUUUUCCAGAUUCGAUUUAAAGGCACGGUAAAAUUCUCGCCACUGUCAAUGCAUCAAGGCAAGGACUCCAGUUUUAAAGAAGACCUGGAAAGUUGGAUGUAUAUGGUCGCUGAUAUGAUCACCAAAACGAAACUGCCGUGGAGGUUAGAACAGGACCUUGGAAAUAUUGAGAGGCACAAAGAAGAUUGUUUUUCGAAUCCAUAUAAUUUGUUCAAGGAUGAAGAGUUCACUGAACUUCGAAGUAUAGUUUCCUACCUCAAGAAGCUUCAUUAUGUUGAUAAAAUAGAUUACAACUGGGUGCGUGAAAUGCUUAGACGUGUUGCAAAGAGGAAACGCUGCAAUUUGAAACCACCACUUGAUUGGGAUUCGUGA